CAGAGGCGACACUAGUCGUCACACAGCGAUUAUUUUGCUCUGGUUAUUCCGGUUAUUCGUAUCAUAAGUUUUGGCAUAAUCGCAUCAAAACAGCUGAUCGGAUCGGAAUGCGAGCCGGAAUCGAUUCGGUGGACACGGCACCCGGCGCCGGAAAAACCCGCCCGUGGACCGACGAUCUCAAGAUUUGCCCGUCGACCGGGGUCGGGGAAGCCACCAACCAGGCCUAUCGUGAAGAUGGCAGUCGCUUUGAGGCGUACAAGUCGAGAGACAAAAAGUGCCUUUGCAUAGUUGAUGAUACCCUCCUGUACGCAAUCUACUCGGGCCACAAUGGCGUGCGGGUGUCCGAUUUUGCACUGCAAAAGAUGGCAGCCGAUCUGCUGCUCGGACAACUCAACGGCCGCACCACCGAUGAAGCCGUCAAGGAUGUCAUCCGGCAGGCGUUUCACUCGGUCGAGAAAGGCUAUUUCGAUUCCAUCGAUACAGAUGUGGCCACCAAGACGGCCCUGCAGCUGCAGCUGUCCGCCGACGGUUUGAGCCAGUACCAGAUAUCGCAGGAGUUUGGCAAUGUGCUGGAAAAGUUGGGUAAAAUCAACGUGGAGCUAUCGGUUGGAAGUAGUGCUGUAUUGGCAUUGAUCUACCAGUCGAAACUGUACAUCGGAAACAUAGGGAAUUGUCGGGCACUGCUGUGUAAGACUGACGAGUUCGAAACUCUGACCGUAACUCAGCUAAGUGUCGAUCACAAUCUGUACAACGAAGAGGAAGUCCUGCGUUUGUAUCGGCUGGGUAUUGAAGCGCAAAACUUCGAGAACUGUCCGCUUUACAGUACCCGGUGCAUCGGAAACUAUCUCGGAAAAACUGGAUACAAAGAUUGUGAUUUUUUGUCGGUUGCAUGCUCCGAACCGGUUAUCUUCCAACCGGAAAUCGUAGGAUCUAUCCCGAUUACCGGUUCUUGCAAGUUUUUGGUGCUCAUGUCCAGUGGACUUUGCCGAGCGAUCCACGAUCUGUACCCGGGCGAUACCAGCAAAGGCAAUCGUAUCCUUAUCCAGAUGAUUGCUGAAGAGUUCCAGACACAAUCGACGCUAGCCGGUGUUGCUCAAUCCGUAGUGCACCGGAUUGUGCAGCUGCAUCACGACGCAUUUAUGCAACAGGUAGCAGAAGAGGGAGGAACGCCGGCCAACAGACAGAAACAGAUGACAUUCCGCAACAGGGACGACAUCACACUGCUGAUCCGUAACUUCAACUACCCGCUACCUAAUGCGUUCAACAAUCGCAAAAACAGCAGCCGUUCGCAAUCCUCCGGUACCGUUGCAUCAUCCCCUACUUCCCCGUCAUCGACUGCCACUGGUUCGGAUGCUACCCCAACGAAUACCCACAGUUACCAGCACAGCUACGCCGGAACGGACACGGAACUGUCCGGCUUGGGGACCAACGUUUCGGUGAGCAGCUCUGAGAGACAUGAUCACGAUCAUGCCGCACCCGAACAACAGGAACGGAAGGUCAAACCCUAUGUGGACUUUUCGGAUUACCACCGUCGGGUGGCAGAGGCCCGGAAACUGAACAAACUACCACCGGGAAUCGAUUUUGACUAGCUGUGUCGCUAGUUGUUACCAAACCACCCGAAGAAAGAACAAGUGCCUUAACAUAUUGAGGAUUUGGGAUGAAUAAACCCAUUGGGCUUAAAAUCCUGGAAAAAAAUUAGAUCCCAAAAAAAGCAAUAAUUAGGUGCCCAAAAAGGGGCGAUUUUGAAUUUGACAUGAUGCCCUAUCUCGGCAACUUGUGGUACAAAUUUUACAAAUGAGGUAUCUUUGGGCAAAUCAAAGUGCGAACUGUCAAAUUUAUUAAUAUUGAGAGUUUUAUUAAUUUUUUUUAUGGUAAAAAAAAUCAAUGAAAUCCAUAAAAAUAGACACCCUUCCCGAGAAACUCAAGGACACCCAAUUUGCAACAAUUUGAAGUGCCUACGAGAACUUAGUUGAGGCGUUCAGACCUUUCCCCCGGCGUUAGUACUUUUUCUUUUUCUAAACUGCACAGAAAGCGUCAAACGGAUUAUUACGGAGAACGUGUUUAUUAAAACAACUACCUAAUGUUUGUGUCUAGAAUAAUUUCCUAUAGCUAUAUUUGUAACAUGUUUUACUAAUAUCAUCAUUUUUUCAGAGCUACCGACACGUGGUUACGCAACGGUGUAGCUUUUAUAAAUAUCAUAUCAUUGGGGUUUACAAGCGAAUAUAAGCAAUAUUUAUGAUAGACCACCUUUCAAAA